AUGCUGGCGCACAUUCGGCGGACUUCGCGCAUCGCGGUCCAUGGGCCGUCGGUCGCCCGCUUCCUGAGCUCGACGCCGCCCGCGGAGGCGCCGCCUGCCAAGCCGCGCCGGGCCAUGGCCAGCGACCGCGAGCUCGUGUACCAAGCCGACAAGAGCGUGCUCGAGAACUGGAAAGAAGCCAUGCACACGAUGGAAGACAUGAUGAAGGAGAUCGACGCCAAGCGCCCAAAGGAGUACGUGCCCGACAAGUUCAAGGAGAUGAAGGAGUUCAACGAUACGAACGGCAAAGUGAUCGUCGCGCCCAUGGAGCUCGUGCCUGUGGCCAAGGCGCCGCUCAUGCCGUCGCUCGCCGUCAACAACCUCAACGGCUCGGACUACGACAUUAAGAACCUCACGGGCGGGAAGCUCACGCUGCUCCUCACGUGCUUCAAGAACUCGGGCUUUGACCACAUCGUGCCGUGGCGCGCCCACUUUGAGGCGGCGCUUGGCGACAAGAAGACGGUCCAGGUUCUCCAGCUCAACAUUGUAGAGGAGUGGUACUGGAAGGCGUUCAAUGGCAUGAUCCGCAACGGCCUCAAGGCCAAGACGACCGACCUCGAGAAGACGUUGACGCACUUCGGCCGCUGCAACGCCUUUCGGACGACGCUGGAUCUGAACAACAGCUUUGUCGGCUACGUCCAGCUCGUUGACGCCAAGGGCCGCGUGCGAUGGAGUGCGGCAGGUGACAUGACGCCGGAAGAAGGAGCGACGCUCGUGCGCCUGAGCCACAAGCUCCUGACAGACAUGCAGCAAAAGCCGCGUCAGUAA